UCGUCAAACAUAGCUCUGCUUUUUCUUUUCCUUCGAUCAGAUUCAGAUCCAGACAAUGAAUCAAGAUCUUCAAGAACCAAUGGCGGAGACCAUGCCAAAUAUCAUAACAGCAAUGUCGUAUCUAUUGCAAAUGGUAUCGGAGACCAACGACCACAUGAACCAGAAACAGAGGAUCUCAGGCUUCUAUGGAAUAACCAAACCUUCCAAUUCCAUCUCAAUCAGAAGCUACCUCGAGAGGAUCUUAAAGUACGCAAACUGCAGUCAUUCGUGUUAUAUCGUCGCGUACAUAUACUUGGAUCGGUUCAUCAAGAAACAGCCAUUUUUGCUCUUCAAUUCCUUAAGUAUUCAUAGGUUUAUAAUCACAAGUGUCUUGGUCUCUGCUAAAUUCAUAGAUGACUUGUGUUAUAACAAUGGAUAUUACGCUCAAGUUGGAGGGAUAAGCAAAGAGGAGAUGAACUUGCUUGAGCUUGAUUUCUUGUUCGGAAUCGGGUUUCAGCUAAACGUUACCGUUUCUACAUUCUCGCCCUCUUAUCUCUUCCUUCUCCGAGCUCGGGUUAUGGACGAAGGAGAAGAAGGAACCGAGAAGAAAGUAUCAGCAACAACUGGUUUUAUUGCGGGACAGCUCAAUAACUACCGCUCUUUUCUACAGAGAGAGAUGGUGAAUGGUGAUGCAGACAAAGAUGAAUUCACUGUUUGUCGAACCUUCUAUAUCAUUCAGAAGCUCUUUUGAGACCAAGCUUGUGAUGAAUACACUCGAGGACGACUAUUUAAUUACUCACCACAACAAGAAACAACUCGCUGCUGCUUGAUCAUUAUCAAUGUAUAGAUUAUAUAUAUACAUGUAGCAGAUCCAUGCAUUCGUGUCGUGUCUUAUAAAGACCAUUUACCGGAUAAAUCUUAUGGUUUAUA